AACCCUAACCCUAACCCUAACCCUAACCCUAACCCUAACCCUAACCCUAACCCUAACCCUAACCCUAACCCUAACCCUAACCCUAACCCUAACCUCACCGCCACGUUUGCCCCAGCAACCAAGUCCCUCAAAGCGGGUUCCUCCUCUGCCCUAGAUCAAUUGCGAGAGAAGAUCGGGCUCGACAGCAAGAUCUUUGCGCGCUUCGAUGAGAAAGCUGUCCGAAAUGCCAUCGACGAGGUGCUGUCCAACGAUUUGUACACUGCCGGAAAACGGUCCAAUUUGCAGGAUCUCAAAGCACACAAGAGCGUUCUACGCGAGAUCGCCGACAUCCUCAACCAUGACCUCGACAACAUUGAGUCGUGGCAAUGGGCUGAUGGCGGUGUGAGGAUGACGAUGCGUCGUCAUAUCAACGGGAAAUACCGUGUCUACAUGGACGAAGAAGUCUACCAGGCUGUCUUCCUUGCCCACAUUGGGAGCAUGUGGUCCGACAGCUUUCAUGCCGCUUUUGUGCAAUUUUUUGACCACGCAUGGAAACAUGGCGCAAGCCGGAAGCCCACACCGGACGAAGAGCGCAUUCGCACCAAGAAAUUCUACCAGAUCAACGAGAGCGUCGAGGCAGAGCAGACGGCCAGCAUCAGCUACUUGCGCAAAAAGCUAUUCAAACAAAGAUUCUGGCUUUCGGCCAUCUCGCCAACGACACGCAAGUCGUUUGCCAAGGCGUACGAGAACGGCUGCGACGGUGACAACGAUGGCAGCUACGGCACAUCGUUUGUCGACAUCAAGCAGCAGCUUUUGCGCAUGAUCACCGCCGAUCAGCUGAUACAAGGUGACCUCUACGGUCACUUCACAGUGCUGCAAUCCGACUUCCGUUGGUUUGGCCCAUCUUUGUCCCACACAACCAUCCUCACGGUUCUCAAAUUUUUUGGCCUUCCGCAAAAAUGGUUGGAUCUCUUCGCCAAAUUCCUCUCGCCUAUGGUCUCCUUCGCUUCUGAUGGUGCUGACGUGCAGAGUCGCAGACGGUCCUGUGGCACGCCUAUCGCACACCAGAUCAGUGCGCUCUUUGGCGAGGUGGUCUUAGUGACAUUGGACUUUGCCGUCAAUCAAGCCACGCACGGUGGCUACCUCUACCGGAUUCACGAUGACCUUUGGUUUUGGGGCCAGCAAGAUCAGUGCGCCGUCGCUUGGAAAACCCUGCAGGACUUCUGCGCAGCUACUGGCCUGGAGCUCAACAUGGAUAAAACGGGAGCAUGCUCAUUGAAAGGCUCGGCCAGCCCUCUGUCAGAAGAAGACGUACCAGUGCUUCCGGCACAAGCCAAGGACGAUGAUGGCCAGCAAGCCGAAUGUGGUCUCCCAUGGAAUCCGAUCCGUUGGGGAUUUCUUAUUCUGUCCGCUGAAAAAGGUCACUGGGACAUCGACCUAGCUCAGCUGGAAUUGCAUAUCCAGGAGAUGCGCUUACAGCUUGAUGCAACGGCGAGCAUCAUGUCUUGGGUGCGAGUAUGGAACAGCUACAUGAACAGCUUCUUCGUCAACAAUUUCGGCAAACCAGCAAAAUGCCUAGGUACAGACCACAUUCGCAUCUGCAUGCUAUCAUUCGAGAUGGCACAGCAGCGUCUCUUGCAAGUAGAUGGUGGCCGCCAUCACAAUUUGACCGACAUGGUGAGAACCAUGAUUGAAGAGCGCUUCGGCCAUCGGCAGGGCGUGCCAGCCAGCCUGGUCUAUUUCCCCGCGGAGUUAGGUGGUUUGGCCCUCCAUAACCCAUUGGUAGAGCUCAGCACCAAGAUGCUUGUCAAGACCCAAGAUACUCCCCGCGAGAUCGUUCAGAAGGCGUGGUAUGGAGCACGCCAACGAUUCGAUCGGCUGGUCGAGAGGUGGGACCAGGCCAUGCUGAGGCGAAAAUCGCGUGGUUUCGAGGCCGACGAAGACAAGACAUUCAUGACCUUCCAAAGCUUCGUUCGGUAUGCCGAAGAGACGGAGCCUGCGCUUUGCUCGGCCUACAGCACUCUACUCGAGGAUUUGAAGGGAGCCGAGGAAGACAUUGGCGUUGAACUCAUCUUCGAUGAUCAGCGCGUCGACGGCUGGCUAGCGUACCAGCGAGCGGCCACAAAGUCACGAACCCCGUUCUACUGGAAGCGGAUCGUACAGCUCUACGGCGCAGAGGCCUUGGAGUACUACGGCACAUUGAACAUGGCUCAGGCUGGCUCAUUGCCCAUGGGUGUCACUGGCUACUUGUCAUCCGAGAAGAUACGUUGGCAAAAUUGA